AUGGAAAUGAUAGAUUUGCGUAAAGGGGACAUUUUACAGUUCCGCAUCGAAGAUGACCUCAAAAACGACCGAAAACGUUCGGAUAAUCUAGCUGGCUGUUCUCCAUCCCAAUACUCACCCAUCCAAACUCUUCCCACAUCUCCUGAACCGCAGAGCCAACACCAACUAGAACAAGAUUGUUGGUCAGCCCCAGCAUGUCCAAAUGACUCACCAGAUUCUUUUGAAAUCGGGGAGGGUGAUGAAGAAUAUUCUAAAGAUUUAAAAAUGUUAUCUUCUGAAAAGCAAGACUUGAAUUAUCGUAAAGAAAGUAGCUGGUCGGCUCCCGGCCAAUUUAAUAGCGAAAUGAUUGAGAUUCCCUUGCAAAAUGAGAAGAAAGAGGACAAACUCGAAGCAGAAAAGUUGAGGAAAAAGAAUAUUUUUACCGGUAAUGAAAACAACGAUUUGAUCCCUAUGGCAGAUGAUGAUGGAUCUAAUACACCAAAUUAUGCUUCUUUACAUGGUGGAUAUUUGACUUUACCUCCCGGUUUUAAAUGUCACUCAGCUGUUGAUAAUUCAAGUAAUUUGAUUAUUAAUACAUACAGUCGAACCUGA